AUGUAUCAUCCAUCCAGAGGCGGCGUUCGUGGUGGCCGAGAUCAAUUUAGUUGGGAUGAUGUAAAGGCAGAUAAACACAGAGAGAAUUAUCUUGGUCACAGUAUUAAAGCUCCUGUUGGUAGAUGGCAGAAAGUCAUAAGUUUAAAUGGACUAAAGGGACCUCCUACGGAUGCAUCUCAGCAGUUGACUUGCAAAGUAGUUCUGGCUUAUGUUGUUCUGUUUUUGGAGUGGAAGGAUUUACAUUGGUAUGCCAGGGAUAAAAAAUCUGGGGGUUCAAAUGCAGAUGCCUUGAAAGAAGAGAUCAAAAGAAUCAAGGAAGAGGAAGAGCAGUCCAUGAGGGAGGCUCUUGGCCUAGCUCCAAAGCGAUCUAGCCGACCUCAAGGAAAUCGUCUUGAUAAACAUGAGUAUACAGAACUUGUUAAGCGAGGUUCUACAGUAGAGGACAUGGGGGCUGGGCAUGCAGACGCAGCACGGGUUGAUGGUCUUGGUUUUUCAAGGUAUUUAAGUGACUAA